AUGCCGCACUCCUACGCAUCCGAGUACCCGGCCGGCAUCGACUUCGACCCGGCCUUCAAACAGUUCUUCGAGGACUUCUACGCCACCUCGGACACGCCCGGCGAGCACGAGAAAUACGCCGACAACUUCACCGACGACGCGACGUUGAUCAUGGCGUCCAAGACGGCCAAGGGCAGGGCUGAAAUCAUCACCCUCCGCCACGGCAUGUGGGAAAAGGUCGCGUCGCGGACGCACUCCCCGCUCAAGAUCUUCCCUGCCGGCGCCAAGGGCGCCGACGAAGCCAUGCUGUACGGCACCGUCGCGUACACGCUCAAGAGCGGCGGUCAGGCCAGCGUCGAUUGGGCCGCGCGCGCGAACUUGGUCACGCAGGAUGGGAGGGUGAAGAUGCGGUACUAUCAGGUUUAUUUGGAUACUGCGGCGCAGCAGGCUGCGAAGUAG